AUGAGUACGAAGAGAAAAGACAUCAUAAAACUUAUGAAAUCGAUGAAUAUAGAUCCAACCACAUUUUCUGAGGAAGAUAUAAGAUAAUUUGAAUAAGGCUAAGUGAUGAUGAGUGACAGUGAAUCAGAUAGUAUGAGGGAUUCGGUAUCCAUAGCUGAUAUUGAGAAUUAUCAAUAGACUAAACAUAACAGAGGGGGGAACACUCAUGAUACAGUCAAUAUGAAAAAUGUAUUAUUGUAAUCGAUCCAUUUUUAGAAUUAUUCAUCCGUUGUGGGCAUGCAGGAAAAAUAAAUAGCUUUUCUAAAUGCUGAGAUCAAAAGGAUCCAAGCAGCCAAUGACGCUGAUAGACAAAGAGUUUUUGCUAAUCAUCGAAUUGAAACAGAUAAACUUUUAAGUGAAAUCAAAUAACUAAAGUCUAAGAUGAUCUAUCAAGAGUCUCAAUUACCAGGCAUAAGAGAAGCUUUGGCUUAAGUUAGAGAUAUGCUUGCUGGAUUGGUCCCAGAGGCUGUUUAUCUGAGGUUGCGAGAUAUGAAUGAGAAGGAAAUGCCCAUUCAAGAUUGGGUAUUGGUUUAGGUUUGGGAAAUUGUGUAUCCAUUCAAAAAGGAGGGGGAGUUUUAGAAAAAGGAAAUAUUGGCUUUAAGGGAAGAACUCAGAUAGAUAACAGAGAAGCAUUAAUUCUUAUUGAAUGAUUUGGAACAUGGCUAAAAGAUGAUGGUAGACAGAGAAGAGGAUAUUAGAAGACAUAAAUUAAAUUAUGAUAAUGCUAGAAAGGCUUUGGAGUUAGAAUUAACAAAAUCUUAAGAGGAAUUAGCCCUGUUGAGAGAGAAGGGAGCAAGAUUUGAUGAAUUAAGUAGGGAUUAUAAGAGAUUGGAGUAAGAGAAGUUUUUAUUGGAAGAGAAGGCUGGUUUCUAUCAAAAUAAUUAAGCCGGAGACAAGGCAGGUGAUUAAUACAAGGCAUAGGAUGACGCCAAGAGGAAGGGAGACCUUUUGCAAUAAGACAAGGAAUAUUUGACUAAGGAGAAUAUUUAACUUUUGGAGAAGGUUAAGAGAUUGGAGGACAAAUUAGAUAGGACAGAGAAGGAGUAUUUGGAAGCAAAAAACUAAGCUUAAGAAUAUCUAUUUUAAUUACUCAAUUCUAAAACAGAUUAGACUCAGGCUUAUGAAAAAAGAAUUUACUCAGAAAUUGCAGAUCUUAAAGAGAAGCAUCAUCAUGAAUUGGAAAUUGCCAAAUAGAAUUUAGUUGAUAUUUAUGAGACUCAAAUCAAAUUCUUGAAGGAUGCAAAGGAGGAAAUUUAACUUCGAAAAGAUAAUCUAGAAGGGCAAGUGAAGGAAAAAUCAACUUUAUAUGAUCAUUUGCUAAUUGAUUAUAGAAACUUAUAAAGAAAAUUAGAUGGGGACUUAUCUGAAUAGAGAAUUCAAUUAAGAUUGAAGGUGGAAGAGUUGGAUAGAGUAUAGAAUAUCUAUGAAGAUACUUUGGCCAAUCUUAAAGCUACAAAGCAUGAAAAUGAAAUGUUAAGGGAGAAGAUCAACGUGUUGAAGGCAGAGUAUUAUAAGUGUUAGGUAGAGGCUAAGGAAUAGAUGAGCAGCAUAAAUGCUUAAUUGCAAGUUGCAAAAGAACAAUUAACUAAUUAUGAAGGAAUUGAAAAAGAAAUUGAUGAUGCCAUAAUGAAAUCAGCAGGCAAUGAAUAUGAUGCAAUGAAUCCUUUAUUGGGAUUCAUGGGCACUGUACCUACAUCUUCAAAAAGAAGGAUUCAACAGGCAUUAAAUCUCGCUUAGAGAUUGCAAGCAAAAUAAAGAGAAUCAGAGGAAUUGCAAAGACAAUUAAGAGAUAAGUCAUAAGAGAUUGAGAGACUAUAGGAAGAGACCAAAUUAUAAAGAGAUGUACUUGACAAAACACAUUAACCUCAUUCCUAUCUCGUAGCCCAUAUUGAGGAAAAGGAUAGAGAAAUUUUGAAAUAUAAAUCCCUUUUAAAGAAAAUGGAUUAGGAUUAUUAGAUCCUAAAAGCAGAAAACGAUGAUGUAGCCAAUAGAUUCAUGCGAGCUGAAGAGGAUCUAUAGAGAUUGAGAAUUAAAAGACAGAACCUACAAAACAUUUAGAACAUUUUGAUUGGUAUUGCCACUGGUAGUUAGAAUGAUAUGAGAUAAAAUCUGAGAAGUGCCAUAAAUGAGAUGUCGGAAGCCUUAAAUACAAAGACAUAUAUUGAUCCUCAAAGUGCGAUCUAAAAAAAGGGUAUGAAUUUGCAUUAAUUGCAAGGUGGAAUUCAAAGUAGUUAAUAAAAAUAGGAAGAUGGUCCUUCUUGGUAUUCAAAAUUGAAACAAAAACAGAAUAAAUGA